GGCGAUGCUUAACACCACCAUCCGAGCGUCAUCUAUUGGAGCGCAGACGACAUGGGGUUUGACUCGGACACUUGUUACCGUGGAAACACCAUCAGCAGCGAGCAUGCUAAUCGUACCCAUGCUAAUUGUGUCUAUGCUAACUGAAUUGAUGAUAAGUGUGCCUAUGGUAACUGUAGUGAUGCUAAUUGUGUCUAUGCUAACCGUACUGAUGCUAAUUGUGUCUAUGCUAACAGUAUGGAUGCUAAUUGGGACUAUGCUAACCAUACUUAUGCUAAUUUUGUGCUAUGCUAACCGUACUGAUGCUAAGUGUGGCUAUGCUAGCCGUACUGAUGCUAAGUGUGUCUAUGUUAACAGACAUGAUGCUAAGUGGGCCUAUGCUAACCAUAUGAAUGCUAAAGUGCUAAAUCUGCCUAUAAUAAUAUUAACAAUAAUGGAUUAGAUUUAUAUAGCGCUUUUUCUAUCGACUAUGCUAAUCGUACUGAUGCUAAUUGUGACAUGCUAACCGUACUAAUGCUAAGUGUGCCUAUGCUAAAAUUGCUAAUGCUAGGAAUGCCUGUUCUAACCAUACUAAUGCUAAAUGUAUCUUUGCUAACAGUAUUAAUGCUAAGUGUGCCUAUGCUAGCAGUAUUAAUGCUAACUAACCAUACUAAUGCUAAGUAUGUCUAUGCUAAUUGUAUUAAUGUUAAGUGUGCCCAUGCUAUCUGUACUGAUGCUAAGAGUGCCCAUGCUAACCAUACUGAUGCUAAGUGUGCUUAUGCUAAAUGUACUGAUGCUAUGUGUGUUGAUACUAAUCGUAAACUUAAUUGUCCUAAUGCUAACUGUACUGAUGCUAAGCGUGCUUAUGCUAACCACAUUGAUGCUAAAUGCACCUAUGCCAACGGUAAUAAUAUUAUGUAUGCCUAUGCUAACCGCACUGAUGUUAAUGUGCUUAGUGUGCCUAUGUUAACUGUACUGAUGCUAAAUGUGCUAAGUGUGCCUAUGCUAACCGUACUAAUGCUAAAUUUGCUAAGUGUUCCUAUGCUAACUGUACUGAUGCUAAAUGUGCUAUUUGUGCCUAAGCUAACUGUACUGAAGCUAAGUGUGCCCAUACUAAUCGUACUAAUGCUAAAUGUGCUAAGUGUCCCAAUGCUAUCUGUACUGAUGCAAAGUGUGCCUAUGCUCACCGUACUAAUGCUAAGUGUGCCUAUGAUAACUGUACUAAUGCUAAGUGUGCCUAUGCUAACUGUACUGAUGCUAAGUGUGCCUAUGCUAACUGUGCUGAUGCCUAGUGUACCUAUGCUAACCCGUACCGAUGCUAAGUGUGUCUAUGCUAAUUGUAUUAAUGUUAAGUGUGCCCAUGCUAUCUGUACUGAUGCUAAGUGUGCCUAUGCUAACCAUGCUGAUGCUAAGUGUGCUUAUGCUAACUGUACUGAUGCUAAGUGUGCCGAUACUAAUCGUAACCUUAAGUGUCCUAAUGCUAACUGCACUGAUGCUAAGCGUGCCUAUGCUAACCACAUUGAUGCUAAAUGCACCUAUGCCGACGGUAAUAAUGUUAGGUAUGGCUAUGCUAACUGUGCCUAUGCUAACCGUACUAAUGCAAAUGUGCUAAGUGUGCCUAAGCUAACUGAACUGAAGCUAAGUGUCCCCAUACUAAUCAUACUAAUGCUAAAUGUGCUAAGUGUCCCAAUGCUAUAUGUACUGAUGCAAAGUGUGCCUAUGCUAACCGUACUAAUGCUAAAUGUGCUAAGUGUCCCAAUGCUAUCUGUACUGAUGCAAAGUGUGCCUAUGCUAACCGUACUUAAUGCUAAGUGUGCCUAUGAUAACUGUACUAAUGCUAAGUGUGUCUAUGCUAACUGUACUGAUGCUAAAUGUGCUAAGUGUACCUAUGCUAACUGUACUGAUGCCAAGUGUACCUAUGCUAACCAUACUAAUGGUAAAUGUGCUAAGUGUACCUAUAAUAACCCGUACUGAUGCUAAGUGUGGCUAUGCUAACUAUACCAAUGCUAAAUAGACUAAGUGUGCCUAUUCUAACUGUAGUAAUGCUAAGUGUGCCUAUGCUAACCAUACUAAUGCUAAACGUGCUUAGUGUGCAUAUACUAACUGCACUGAUGCUAAGCGUGCCUAUGCUAACUGUCAUCCAUCCAUUCAUUUUCUACCGCUUGUCCCUCUCGAGGUCGCGGGGGGUGCUGGAGCCUAUCUCAGCUGCUUUCGGGCGGAAGACUGGGUACAUCCUGGACAAGUCACCACCUCAUCGCAGGGCCAACACAGAUAGACAGACAACAUUCACACUCACAUUCACACACUAGGGCCAAUUUAGUGUUGCCAAUCAGCCUAUCCCCAGGUGCAUGUCUUUGGAGGUGGGAGGAAGCCGGAGUACCCGUAUUCGGUGAAAUGUCCAAUGGGAUCAGCAGCCUCCAUCCGGAAGCGGAGCACCCCGUUGUCCGUUUUCCGGACGUCGUGGAUCACGAGCGUGCAGUUUUCCUCCAAGUCUCCCAGGUACUGGUAGCGCGAGCCAGGGCGGGGCCUGGCGCUGUCGUACACGGACGGCGUGGAGCCGUGACAAAUGAGGUGGUCAACGCACCACACCGCCCUGACAACCGCCAUGAGGGGCGUGAACGUGCAGCCGACGGCGAGCGUGGAGCCUUUGACCGCGCACAGGUCCGACAUCUGGUAGCGCACGCGAGCGACCCCCCUCACCGAACCUGCCGACAGGCGACGUCACCAUGAGCACGGGGUCACGUGACCCGUCCGAAGUCGGUUACUCACCUGUCAGGAGCAACGCCACAAGCACACUCUGACGCCAGAACGACAUCUUGGAGGACAAUGGUGGCGACCAAGCAGAAAAGAGGAAACUCCCUGCAUCUCAGCGCGAGAGCAUCAGUCAGACGCCGCCUGGACGACACGCCCGGACCCAAGCCGACGGACCGGACCGGACCAGACCGGAUCGAUGCAGGCUUCUUGCGCUUCUUGCUGACUCUUGUCGUCGGUGGAGGCUCAGUAAAUAAGCAGUGGUUGCUCGCUAACCUUUUACCGCGCCUGGCUUUUCUCGUCUGGACGCUUCCCACCCAGUCACAAAAUGGCGGACAUGACAGAUCUGCGACCCUCCUACGCCAUGUCUCCCGUCCUGGCGGGCUUCCUUGGAGCGGGCGUCCUGGUUCUGGUGGUGAUCGUGGUGAUCCUGCUGUGGUCCUUCUGCCAGCGUCGUUACCUGCACACGUCGGGGCGCUACAAGCUGCACGGCGACCGCUACUGCGACGCUGAGGACCCGCCUUACAAGUUCAUCCACAUGCUGAAGGGCAUCAGCAUUUACCCAGAGUCCCUCAGCAGCAGCAAGAGGAUUGUGCGCAGCGCCAGGCGUACCGAGCGGGACGGAGAGCGAGGGUGCACGUCGGCCGGCGGGAGGGGCCUGGUGCUGGUGGACGCGGAGAACAACAUCCUGGAUGUCCCGGGUCAGCUGCAGAUGAGUCACCUGGUGGCCCCCGCCGGACCGGGCCACGCCCACGCAGAGCGAGCGUUACCCGUCCGCGCCGACUACUGCUGCCUGGACAGCAGCUCGGCCAGCAGCAGCCAGACCAGCAGCAAGACCGCCUCGCCUUUCACCCCCGCCUCCUCCGAGCCCGAGCCAGAGGCCAGCCUGGGCGCCGUCAGCCUCACUGUGGACUACAACUUCCCUAAGAAGGCGCUGGUCGUCACCAUCGUCGGGGCCCGGGGCCUCCCCGCCAUGGACGAGCAAGCCGGCAGCUCCGACCCGUAUGUGAAGAUGACCAUCCUGCCGGAGAAAAAGCACCGCGUCAAGACCCGCGUGCUGAGGAAGACUCUGGACCCGCUCUUCGAUGAGACCUUCACCUUCUACGGCGUGGCCUACAGCUCGCUGCCUGAGCUCACGCUGCACUUCCUGGUCCUCAGUUUUGAUCGCUUCGCUCGCGACGAUGUCAUCGGGGAGGCGGUGGUGCCGUUGAAGGGUGUGGACCCGAGUACGGGCCGAGUGCACCUGAGCCAGCAAAUCACCAAGAGGAACAUGCAGUGCGAAAGCCGUGGCGAGCUGCAGGCGUCGUUGUCGUACCAGCCGGUGUCUCACCGUCUCAGCGUGGUGGUCCUGAAGGCUCGACACCUGCCCAAGAUGGACAUAGCCGGCCUGUCUGCCAACCCCUACGUGAAAGUCAACGUCUUCUACGGCCGCAAGCGCAUCGCUAAGAAGAAGACCCACGUGAAGAAGUGCACGCUGAACCCGGUCUUCAACGAGUCCUUCAUCUACGACAUCCCACCCGAGCUGCUGCCAGAGAUCUCGGUGGAGUUCCUGGUGGUCGACUUCGACCGCACUGCCAAGAACGAAGUCCUCGGCCGCCUGGUGCUCGGCCUCCAAAGCCCCGCCCCUACCGGCUCCUCCCACUGGCGGGAAGUCUGCGAGAACCCGCGUCGGCAGAUCUCCAAAUGGCACACCCUGAGCGAGUACUGAGGACCACGCUGGGACUGGACCAGCGAAGACUCCUGGAACUAGACUAAUACAAUGUACAGCACACACACACACACACACACGCACACACACACACACACAAUGUGAUGCUAGUUAUUAAACACUACUAUUAUCGUCAACAUGUGCAUCUGCUAAGAAAAUGCUGAGCUUUUGAAAAAGAAUAACGACGUUUGUGACGUCUCGCCUCUUGUGUGUGUAAAGCUAAGUAUAAGACCCCCACCCCAUCCCCUCUCCCCGUGGUUGUCACGGAGACUGCAUGUGUUUGUGAAGAACUAAACGAACUAAGAAGCUUCCGUCAUGCUGUGGUGGUCUCAAAGGUGAGUUAGCGUACAGGUAACCCGCGCGUGUGUUUUUUUUUGCAGCAUGAAUGUUUGAUUUGUUUUUUGUUACUUUGUGUCGCUACCAAGAUCUUCUGGAGGCCCCCUGUGUCCACUCCCCGCCCUCCUGUCAGUCGCCAGGGCGUGUUGAGCCUGGCUGUCCAUCAAAGCAACAACGCUAGUAAGAAUGCUAAGCUAACCACAUGGUCACAGUCGGUGCGAGCGACCCACAUUGCAAGGUACCCCACGGCAAAGCUCUCGACCUCAUAUGAAAUGGGACUUUAUUGUCAUUGCACUUGAAAAGGGCAACGGACUUAUUGACAAAUCCGCCCAAGAUCAGACGUACAGUUGCAGGGUCAACAGAACGGGAAGGCUGACUGAUAGGAAAGUCCCAAACUAAACUCCUAUGAGAGGGGGGGUUGCUCAGUUUGAGACCAUAAAAAAACCUCAAGCAAAGCACAUGCACGUAUAGAAUUUCUAGCGUCUUUGCUGCUCUGUCCUCUGGGGGGAGUCUCGUCACAACGACCUUACCAUGUCGUUCCAGCCAGGGAAAACAAUCCAGUUUAAAAUGUUUGCGUUUGAACGAGCGAAAACAAAUUCAAGUUUUCCUCGCCCUUAUCUUAAUCAUAACUUCGCCUUGCAGACUAGACAGCUUUUCCAAGAUGUUAUCCAGUUUGCAAUUUCGCCCAGAAACCACAAAAGUCUGAGUGCUUACAGCUCUGCUGGAUUUUGAAUUGGUCAAUACACCAGAGCAACGCUUACUCCAAUCAGCAGAUGUCCUGUUGUCAUGAUUCCAAAUAGGUAGAUGUCUUUAACGUCCUCGACUAGAAGGCCCCGUUUACACUGCACACCAAAUCUGAUUUUUUUUUUUGCCCUCAAGUGACACCAAUUUUUCGCCAGUCUAAACGCUCCAAAGUGCUUCAGAUCUGAUCUUUUCGCUUCAGAUUCAGUCCACGUAAGGAGAUAGUCCAAAUCCAGUUGGAAUCCAAUCUUUUCAAAUGUGACUUGGCGACUUUCACGUCAUCUUUGGGCGAACUGCAUCAUAUUUUUUUCGGCGGCCAAAUAUUAAAUAACGAAUGAUAGGCUAUAUUUAAUAUAAUAUAUACUUUAAUUUCAAUGAAAAAGCGAUUGUUGAAGGGCCGGAAUUGAUGUGUGCGCUGUCCCGUAUUUGCUUACAUGCGUAAGUUGUUUACGUAAGGGAGUUGAAAAAUUAAGCUAACGUAGAUCCACGCUGAUGUCUGUGCCUCCAUUACUUAACAACCAUAAAGAGAUUAGAACCCUCCCAAAUAUAUUACACUAUAUGUAUGUGUGUGUAUGUAUAUAUAUAUAUAUAUAUAUAUAUAUAUAUAUAUAUAUAUCAAUUCAUACAUGAUAUUACUUUGAUUUAUUUUCACGUAAAUACCAUUCCUUUUUAAGGUGUGGCGACUUUUAUUUUAUUUUGUAGUAGUGACUUCUUUGUUCAUUUACGAAAUCUGGUCAACUUCCUAUUAGAGAUGUCCGAUAAUAUCGGGCUGCCGAUAAAUGCUUCAAAAUGUAAUAUCGGAAAUUAUCGGUUUCAAAAAGUAAAAUGUAUGACUUUUUAAAACGCCGCUGUACGGAGUGGUACACGGAUGUAGGAAGAAGUACAGAGCGCCAAUAAACCUUAAAGGCACUGCCUUUGCGUGCCGGCCCAAUCACAUAAUAUCUACGGCUAUUCACACACACAAGUGAAUGCAAUGCAUACUUGAUCAACAGCCAUACAGGUCACACUGAGGGUGGCCGUAUAAACAGCUUUGACACUGUUACAAAUAUGCGCCACACUGUGAACCCACACCAAAGAAGAAUGACAAACACAUUUCGGGAGAACAUCCGCACCAUAACACAACAUAAACACAACAGAACACAUACCCAGAACCCCUUGCAGCACUAACUCUUCCGGGACGCUACAAUAUACACCCCCCGCGAUAUUUCUUUGUUUACAUCUUUCUGCCAUGAUGAUGAUGUCAUUGUUUAUUGUUAAGUCACAACCUCAGUCAACAUACUUUCUUGAUAUCCUGCCAGCUGGUGGCGCUGUUGUCCCCAGAAAAGCACACAUGGUGUCGAUCCGGUGCGCUCGUGAACAUGUACACGUGUCCAACCUUGGUCUACCGGUUUUUAACAUCAACUUUUUUUUACUUAAAUUCCAACAUUUUGCUCUUUAUUACCAUUUUUUUUGUAAUGAUAUUUUGAGGGCCCUUAAGUACCCGUGAGCUGCAAAUUGGAGAGCUGCAGUUUGGACACCCCUGCCACAAUGUAACAUUUUGAAAGUCAUGUGACCUGACCUUGCAUCGCUCGUAGCUAACAGGAAGUAGCCGACAUCGCAGUGUCCACCGGACAGACCCCUAAAGCUCCUCCCAUCAAUCUGUGGCGUGAACGAGGCGUCACGGAGACUGUAGAUUUUGUACAGACUUCCUGUUUGAUGAACGUUAUCCCUGCUGUAGACCUGAAUGAUGCUAACCUUCCUUUGACGUGCAAAUAAAAGAAGUUAGCCUGA